GAACAUGAAUUUAUUGCUGACAAACACACAUAUGCAUAUGCAACAGAAGCGUAAACAACUUUGCUUGAACACAUACAUAAUAAGCAAAGAUUCUGUUUAUGCGAUGGAAAUAUGGCGUUGGAUUGUUGUUUUGAUUUAGGGGUUGAAGUAGAUUUAUUUCAGUUAUUUUUGUGGAUUCGUUGGAAGUGUUUGUUUAUGUCCGCGAUCGGUAAAAUGCAGUGAAAUCUGAGUCCGGAAAAGCCAAAUUAUUUAUACCGGUUAUAAAACGGGUUAUUUAAUUUUUUUAUUUUAUUGCGAUAACAAAACUAAUGCGAUCAUUAGAAUGGAACGCCGGAAAGCAAAUAAUUCAUAUGCAAAUCUUGUCACAAGUGAACAAACUGGCAACGCUUUACACAGAUCCACCUCGAUGCGCGCGUCUUUUCGUCUGCUGAAAGGAAAACUUAAAAAUAAUCCCGUAAUUCAAUCACCAUUCAAACUUCAAGGAAACCUAAGCUUGCGUUCUAAAAAAUUAAUGAGUAAGGCUACAGCUGCUAAAUUUCUCGAUGACAUGGAGGAUACGGUCACAGUGAUAACGCGCAAAUUCAGUGAUAAAUUGCGUUAUGAUAAGCAAAAUCUCAAUAGCACUUACGAUAAUAACACAGAAAUUGAGGAACUAAUGUCUACCUUACCAGUCGGGCAAAGUGUGCCGCGUAAAGCCUGUAAAAUACUGCAGAUACCAGAAACCUAUUGUUUAAAGUACUUGACCGAACAACAAAUUUUACUCAACAACAUCAAAGCAGCACAAGUGCCAACACUAACAAGAACGGCAGUAACACCACCAUUAGCAAAAACAUCAAAUAAAAUAGGAGCAACUCAAGAGUUCUACAGCGAAAACAAAUUGUCAACAAAGGACGAAACUGCAAAUGUGCAAAUUACAAAUUAUGAACACCACACAAGGAGCAACAAUGAAGCUUAUGAAAACUUCACCAGAACAGCCUCCAGCGGAAUUUAUGGCACAACCCGUAUGAAAACAGCAACCAUAAAGAAGCCAACGCCAUAUCUUAACAGUAAUAACAUUUUACCAACAGGUUCAAAUCAGUGCAAUUCCACUUUAAAGUCAGUGCACACCUCAUUCUAUGAUGAUGACGAUUCGUUAAACGAUAACACUGUCAUUCUAAGAAAACCAUCAUUUAAUCGUAGAAAUUUAAAUAGUAUUAGAAAGCACAGUAACAAUACAAUUAAUACGAAUAAUCUUAAUGACUGUAAUCACCAAUAUCAUUUAGCUGAAAGGCAGCAACUGCAACAGCAGCAGCAUCAAUCUCAUCAAAUCGAGAAUAAUAAUUUUCGUUGGUCAGAACAAUUAACUCAAAAUGUAGCAGUAGCUAAAAUUCGUACUGCCAUAUCGUGCACUUCACAAGAUUUAAAAGAAAUGGAAUUUCUGUUACCACCAACCUCACUAGGAUCAACUGCCACAGCUGUAACGCUGCCACCAAUUUCAAGUACAAAUAAAACUAAUCUAACAACAUCAUCGUCAUUAACAACGUCCUCAUCCACUACGGUUCCAUCCACGACAUCGUCGACUUUAACCAUUUCACGACAUUCACGUGAGAUGAUCAAUCACAAUAACAUCAUUAACAUGUCACAUCCAAAGAAUGCCAAGAUGCACAGCUAUGCCGACGUGGAGAACAAUGCAGCAAAUGCACAAAAUUUGGCAAUAUAUCGUCAACCGGCAAAUGUACGUGCCAAGGGUGGCAACACACCUCACCGCAAUAAAAUGUCAAAGAAGCAAUUAAAGUUAGCACAAGCACAGUUGGACAAAUUGACCCAGAUCAAUUUACAUCAACAUGCUUUAUUUUCGGCAAUCGAACAUGGCCAUUUGGAUAAGGCACGGACCAUACUCGAAUCGACCGAUGUGGAUGUCAAUAGUAUCAAUACGGAUGGUCUGUCCGCAUUGGAUGUCGCUGUACUGAGUAAUAAUCGCUCAAUGACUAAAAUGCUAUUGCAACAUGGUGCUGUGGAAAGUUCACACUGUUUAGCUGAUAACAUCGGUAGCAAGUUGAAUAGUUUGCUUAAAGAUGCCGAAUCACGCAUACAUGACUUAAGCGGUUCAGAGGGACAACCAAUCCAGCCAACAUUCACUUCUCGACCCUCCAUCUCCAGCAUAAUAAUUGGCAACACUGGUUCAUCUGUGACGGGUUGUACAGGGAAUGAAAUUGAUAAACAAAUUGGUAUAUGGGAGCGAAGAGUAAAGGGUUUGCGUCGCAUGUUGCUUGGUUGGGAUCAAGCACGACCCCCAGAUGCACCCGCUUCAGUAACAGUAGAUGUCAUAGCUGAGAAUGCUGUUGCAGUGCAAAUACUCGAACCCUUCGAAGGCGCUAUUGGUACAAAAUUCAAAGUUCAAUGGUCGACGCGUGCUGAUUUCAGUAAUGUGGUUGGUGAACGUGAAAUAAUGGACUGGACAAGCUUUCACGGUACUAUGGGUGCGCACUGUCAAAUUGUGGGCUUAACACAAGGGCGUCGUUACUUUAUACGUUGUGCCUGUGGUAAUGUCAAGGGUUGGGGUGCUUAUAAGUUCUCAGUACCAAGCAGUGUGGUGCCGUCAAGUUGGCGAGAUUUAAAUAAUUGUGAAGACCGUUAUUUAGGACGUCAACGUGCAUUAGACAAUUUAUUCACAGCAGUACGAUUGGCAAGGCCCGCAGAUGUAUCGGAAUUAACAUUAGAGUCUACAACAGCACAAAGACGAAAUCCAAAAAAGAAAACAACAAUAAAACAACUAUUUUCUGUUGCAUCGAAAUUUCAAAAAACUCUUAGGCGUGGUAUCUACUUAGCUUGCAUUAUUUACUGCGAGGAUAAAAUAUUGGUGACUAGUGAAGACUUCCUGCCUGCAAUAGAAAUUGAUGAGACCUAUCCCGCCACAUUGCACAGUGAUUACCACUGGUUAAUGAAAGUUGCUUGCACUUGGGAUGAUGUUAAGUUACUACGUACUGAUAUGGAACGCAAUCUUACCUCGGCAGUGCACUUCCGUACAAAACUGCUUGCAGCGGUGUGUCAAAUGCAAUCUGCACUUAAUUUAACUGACCUUGGUCAAUUGUAUUAUAAACCCUUAAGAGAUGCUCAUGGUACUGUAGUUCUAACAUGUAUACAGUCUGUCAAAAAUCAAAAAGCUGUUUCCAUUUUAAACUCUCGUUGGUUGCCUGUUAAUAAAUUACAGAAGAAAAUCAUUGCUUUACUAGAAGACUACAAUAUUAAUGAAAUGUUAAUAUCUUCCAUUGGGGAACAAAUCCAAUAUCAUAGCACGUCCACAGAGCGUUUGACAUCUGGUUUAUAUUUGGGAUAUUUAAAAAUGCAAUGUUCUGUAGAGCAAAUACAAGUUGUGGUACCACUUAAAACUCCGAAUGUGUUACCACAUUACAAGGUACGUGAUAAUAGUCAUAUAACAGCAGAUGAAUGGCAAAUACUUAAACGUGGUGAUGAUAAAUCCAUGGGACGUAGUAGCCCUUUAAGGCUGACACUUGAGUUUAAUGCUAAUACUGAAGAUACUACAGAGGAACAACGACUUUUUCUUUAUGACCUAACAACAGCUGCUCAUAAAUUAUUCACAUAUAUGAAUAUAAAGCCAGAAGACGCUGCUACUCAUCGUCUGUAUGAUGUCGAAGUUAUAGAACAUAGUAAAGAUAUUAGCUUUUUAGUUAUAUGUCCUGCUGUUGAAUUAACAUGUGCUGCACCAGGUCAACAAGAACAUCUACUACAACGUGACGACUUAGUUUCGUUGAGCAUACAAGCUUUUGAAAUGAUACAUUUGCGAACUUAUCAGCCAGGAAUUAUACAAAAAUAUGCUCGGCUUUCCUGUAUACUUGAAUUGGAUACAGUAUUGGCUAAUCAUUCACAUAGGGAAGCUUUUUCAACUAGCGAGUUACAAACCGCAAAGGAGCGUUUGGCCAAAUUGCAAGAGCUAACAUCUAAUUUAAAUGCAGUCUGGAAAAGUGUGCGUUGGCUUAUGGAUGUGAUCGCAUUUGCACGUGAUAAAAAUGCACAUCCGUCAAUGGCUAUGAGAGAUAUAUUAGAUUUUGCAAGUGUAGCAGAAGAAAUGAGUACUUCAGCGAGUAAACCUCAAUUAUUGCAACUACCAAUACGUGAUGUUAAAUUUACUAAAAGUGGUUCAGGACGUGGAAGUUGGCCUGGACCAUCUGGUAAUUCGCAAAGUGGCAGUACAUCAAACCUUGUUGCUGAGCAUUCUAAGUCCGAACAGAAUUUGGGCAUAAGUCCACUUACACCUACUACAACUAUAAAUUCAGUGCAUAUACAAAAACACAACAACAACAAUAAAACAAAUCAACAGCAAUUGCAAGUGAACGAUUUUACUGUAUCUGAUGUGUCACUAAGAAAAAAUAGUGGAGAUUCUGUUAAUUCUCAGUAUACUACCACACGUAGUUUUUAUUCGGCGGCAGAUUCCACCAUAAGUAGCAAUAAUGAGCUAGGCACAGUAUUUGCUAUACCUCCCUCGCGGUCCGAUGACACACUUGCGCUAGCUGCGGCUGAAAAUUUAAAGCAAACUCAUUCAUCGCUCACCCAUCGCAAACGUACCAGCUCUAAUAUAACAUAUACUAGUACACCCACGCCGUUAAUUACGGUACAUAAUUCAAGCUCAGCGCCUUAUUUAUCACGUGAUUCUGCCACGGGUUCCAGCCUUUCAUUGAAAAGCGUAUUUAGCGCUGAAUAUGAAGGCAAAACGGUAACAAAUAAAUUGAAAAGCGACCCCUCAACAGUUAGCAAAAUAAAGGCAGUAUCAAGUGCAAAUUUGCAGGAAGGAGGUCUUUACCUUAAGUCUACACUAUCUGCAUUACAGACUGAAAUUAAAGAAAACACUAAUGCAACAACAAUGACAACGACAACGACAACCACGAGCAGCACUAAGUCUAUAUCACGUCAAAGCAGCGAUGAGGACAAUGCAAGUUGCUCGAGCCUAAACACCGAUCAAAAUUCCCAAAGUAAUUCGGGUAUAAUACAAGUCUACACCGCCUACAAUACGGGCUUGGCAAGUGGAACUAGUCUAAAAUUACAUGUGACACCGAAAACUUCAGCACGUGAGGUUAUAAACCUUGUUGUCAAGCAAUUAAAUAUGGCUGCCGUGCUGAAAGGCAACAACGGACCCAUUUAUACAACUGAAAUGCUUGAUAACUUUUGUUUAGUGGCAGUGAUUGGUGCUAGAGAAAGAUGUUUGCGGGACGAUUUUAAACCAUUACAACUACAAAAUCCAUGGAAGAAAGGACGUUUAUAUGUGCGACAAAAACAUGAGCUGCUGGCAGCUAUUGAACAUUCAAAUCGUAAAUCACACUUAAUUUAGAUGUCUUUGACUAGAUUAUGGCUAGAUUGUGAUUGUGGUAAAAUGGUGUUAAGUUGCCGCAUUUUUUAUAUUGGCCGAUUUCCAUGUUAAGAUACAAUAUGUAGUUACAUCGUCGUAGCAAAUUAUAGUGUGUAUUGUGGUUAUAAAAUAAAUUGUUAAGUAAGCUUGGCAUUUAGUAAACAAGAACUUAGAACCCAUCGAAGUAUUAUAUCAAAUAGAUAAAUUUAGGGUGCUGUCAAAUUAGUCUUUAGACUAAGGAAAUUUAUACGAGUAAGCGGCAAUAUCUAUUAUGUACUCCAUCUUAAGUGAAAUGAAGGCUUUAGAUUGUAUAAAGAUAUAAAACUUUGUUCUGUUAUUAGAGAGAUACCUAGUUAUAGUACUGCAAUAUGCGUCCAAAAGUAAUUGCUUUAUUUUACAUUAUAAAACAUUUGUGCAUAUAUCCAUAUAUAUAUUUUUAAAAUAUAUAACUAGUUUGUAUACAAAUAUUAUAAACGUUUUUAUAUAAUUUCUAAAUUUUGAAUGCAUUGAAUUAUGUAAGUACCCUACGUUAUAGACGACCAAUUCCAAAAUUAGACUGAGUAAUUUUUUAAAAAGACAAAAUAGUUAUUCGUUUGUAUUUUAGUGUAAAUUGCUUUAUAUAUAUGUAUGUAUAUCAUCAAAAGUACUGUAGCCAGUUGAUGUGAUCUGAAUGUAUGUAUAUAGAAGGAGUAAUAAGCAAGGAUGUACAUGUUCUAACAUGUUAGAAACAAGUUCAAUUCAAAUACUUUAUAAAGGACAAAUUUAAACUAAACAAACCAAUGUCAUAAUCCUGAAUGUUGUUAAAUUUAAGAUUUUGAUGU